AUGAGGGAACCCUGGAGAUCCCUGCUGGGCCUGUUUCUUCUGGUAAGCUCAGCCUUCAGCCACAGUGCCACCAACCCCUUCGCAGGCCAGCAGACCUCUUCGGAUCCUUGCUAUGAUGAUGCAGGCGCAGCCCGCCGCUGCAUCCCCGAGUUCAUCAAUGCCGCGUUUGGCAAGGAGGUGACGGUGUCUAGUGUGUGUGGCCGACCCCCGUCCCGCUCGUGCAGCGUGGUGGAGCGCGGUGACGAACGGCCCUCUGUACGUGCGUGCCAGAUCUGUGACGCCGCUGACCCCCGCCGAGCCCACCCAGCCUCUUACCUCACCGACCUCAACUCAGCCCACAACCUGACCUGCUGGCAGUCAGAAAAUCUGAACACCUCGCCGCACAAUGUGACUCUCACCCUUUCUCUGGGUAAAAAGUUUGAGAUCACCUAUGUCAGCCUGCAGUUCUGCUCACCAAGACCCGAGUCCCUGGCCAUUUACAAAAGCAUGGACUACGGCAAAACCUGGAUGCCCUACCAGUUCUACUCCUCACAGUGCCGGCGUAUGUACAACAGGCCGAACAAAGCCACCAUUACCAAACAGAACGAGCAAGAGGCUCUUUGCACAGAUGGCCACACUGACCUCUACCCACUUUCUGGAGGACUCAUUGCUUUCAGCACUUUGGAUGGACGACCCUCUGGAAAAGACUUUGACAACAGCCCGGUCCUCCAGGACUGGGUGACUGUUACAGAUAUCCGUGUGGUCUUCAGCCGGCCCCAGCUCCCUCGGGAGUUUGCGCUGGGGGCCGGGAGCAACAGUGGAGGGAGGGAUGAUGACCCCAUGGCAAUAACAUCCACCCUGCCAACAUAUUUCUAUGCAGCAGGAGACUUCCAGGUGGGCGGGAGGUGUAAAUGCAAUGGUCAUGCUUCACGCUGUCUAAAAGACAAGGAAGGCAAACUGGUGUGCGACUGCAAACACAACACAGAAGGGCCCGAAUGUGACCGCUGCAAGCCCUUUCACUACGACCGACCGUGGCAGAGGGCCAACGCUCGUGAGGCCAACGAGUGUUUGCCAUGUAACUGCAACCUCCAUGCCCGCCGCUGUCGAUUUAACAUGGAGUUGUACAAGCUGUCGGGGAGAAAGAGCGGAGGAGUCUGCAUGAACUGCCGCCACAACACCGCCGGACGUCACUGCCACUACUGCAAGGAAGGCUUUUACAGGGACAUGGCCAGACCCAUCACUCAUCGACGAGCCUGUAAAGCUUGUGACUGCCACCCUGUGGGCGCAGCGGGCAAGACGUGCAACCAGACCACGGGUCAGUGUCCCUGCAAGGAUGGAGUCACCGGCAUCACCUGCAACCGCUGUGCCAAGGGCUACCAGCAGAGCCGCUCCCCGGUGGCGCCCUGCAUCAAAAUCCCUGUGGUUAACCCCACAGCUGUGGUGAGCAGCACAGAGGAACCAGCGGCGGUGCAGGUCAACGUGUUGGACAUGGAGACGGUGGGGGACUGGGCCAAGUUCUCAGUCAGUCUGGUGUCUGUGUACAAAAGCCGAGGGGAACCUCUGAAGCGUGGCGACAACAUCCUGUGGGUGCACAUGAAGGACCUGGCUUGCAAAUGUCCAAAGAUCCAAAUGAGCAAGCGAUUCUUGGUGAUGGGCGGCAGCGAGGGAGGAACGGGCCCGGGGACGGGCCCAGGAGUGGGGCCGGGGGGCGGAGCCACCAGCUCAGGGGCAGAGCGCAUUGGCCUUGUAGCUGAUAAGAACAGCCUUGUGAUUCAGUGGAGAGACAUUUGGACGAGACGUCUGCGGAAGUUCCAGCGCAAAGAGAAGAAGGGAAAAUGCGGCAAAGCAUGA